CUCUGUUCCAAACUCCGCAUUCGCCGACGCUAAUGUCAUGCCGGAUCGAUAGGCCACCAUCCUACUGCUAGACUGUCAUAGUUCGGCUCCAUCAUCACUUGCUCUUGUGGAUUUACUUCCUGGUCAUACUCCGUACAGCAUUGACCCCUCCAGCCGCCUCUCGUCUUCACCGCCAACCUUUAGAUGACUAGGGCACGCAAAGCAAAAGCCGUAGACCGAGGGACACCAUCGAAAUUGUCUGCCAAACGAAAGACCUCUGAAGAUAACACGACUUCCGCCACCUCGCCCAAGAGGCCACGAACUUCCAUCCCAGACUUAUUUUCAUCCAAACAGAACAACGGUUCGGAUGUGCCAUCUCGAACGGUAGGAGGAGUGGGAAAGAGGUCAGCGUCACUGGCCAAGAUGGAAACGUCAAUCGCUCAGUCACCUAAAUCCUCCUUCGCCAACAUGUAUUCCUUCUCCUCCAAGACCCCUUCCAACGCCGUCGUCGACCUGACAUCCUCUCCGGAUUCGACCAAGAGGAAACUCUCCUUUGCAACCCCACGACCUUCCACAUUCAAUCCCAACCAAGGUCCGAAGAAGUUGAUUGUCAAGAACCUCAGGACUGUUCCUAGAAUUGAUCCUCAGCAAUACUUCGAUAGUACGUGGGCAAAAGAGGACAAGGCUCUCAAUGCCAUCUUUGCCGGUAGUAUGGAUUCCUAUUCCCUUGAGGAACUCUACAAGGGCUCGGAAAACAUAUGUCGGCAGGGCAAGGCUGCGGAGUUGUACAAGAAAUUGAAGAACAAGUUGGAGAGUCACUUGACCGAUAAUGUACAAGAUGGAAUCCGUCGUGAUGCAGCCGCUUCUUCCGACGUCGAGGUCCUGCGAUCGUUUCUUGAUUCAUGGUCGACCUGGCAAAAGCAGAUGCUUACUGUACGCCAAAUAUUCUAUUACCUCGACCAAACAUACCUUUUACGAUCACAGGAGAAUCCUGGCAUCAUUGAGACCGGGUUGAUUGGAUUCCGUUCGGCUGUCUUUGAAGACAGGACCAUUCAACCCAAAGUUCUGGCUGGCAUCCUAGCUCUCUUCGCCUCUGAUCGAAAAGGCCUUCUCACCAGCCAAGACUUCACACUCCUCGGUCAAGCUAUAGAUAUGCUCCAUCAAUUGAGCAUAUAUACUAGCCACUUUGAGCCAUUAUUUCGUCAGGCAACUGAAGAGUAUCUGAAGCAGUGGCUAGUGGAAGAGUCGCACAAGGACGAUCUGGGACAGUAUGUUAAUGCUUGUUCGGAACUGCUCGUACGAGAAACCUCAAGAUGUGAACAGUUGAACCUCGACCGAAGCACUCAAACCCAAAUCACUGAGCUUUUCGAUCAGAUUCUGGUUGAAGACCAAACUGAUACACUGAGUGAUGACGAUAGCCUUCAAGACCUGCUAGAGGAGAACAAAUUCGACGAAUUGAAGCGAGUGUACACUCUUUUGCAGCGCAAGGGAUAUGGAGAUCGAAUCGGACCUAGCUUCUACAAGUAUGUUGAGACAGAGGGGAGUCUGAUCGUCUUCGACGAGAAGAAAGAGAACGAGAUGAUUGUCAGGCUGCUUGAAUUCAAACGACGGCUCGACAAAUACCUCAAUUAUUCCUUCAACGGCAACGAGAAGGUUGGCAAUGGCCUUCACAAGUCAUUUGAGUUGUUCAUGAACAAGACCAAGAAGACGCAAUCGAACUGGGACACGGACAAUUCCAAACCUGGCGAAAUGAUUGCGAAGCAUGUUGAUCUCCUGCUCAAAGGUGGUGUGAAGGCGGUGCCCCAACUACAAUCGUUGAAGCUCAACACAGCGAAACCCGACGACGAACAUGAUUUUGACGAUGGUCCGGCAGAUGAAGACGCCGAGAUCAAUCAACAUCUCUCUGACGCCCUUGACCUGUUUAGAUUCAUCCACGGAAAGGCCGUCUUUGAAGCAUUCUACAAGAAGGAUCUUGCUCGUCGUCUCCUCAUGGGCCGCAGCUCCUCAUUUGACGCAGAAAGGAACAUGCUGACGCGUCUCAAGAAUGAAUGUGGUGCUUCUUUCACACACAACCUAGAGUCCAUGUUCAAAGACAUGAACCUAGCACGGGAAGACAUGAUGUCAUACAAUCAACUCCUGGAUGAUCGAGGCACGAAAUCCGAUGGUCCAGAUCUAAACGUCAAUGUCCUCUCCGCCGCUGCAUGGCCCACAUAUCCUGACGUGGCUGUAAACAUACCCAAGCCAAUUGCCAAAGUGAUGGACGAUUUCGAAACUCACUACAAAGCCAAGCACAGCGGUCGGAAGUUAGUGUGGAAACACAGUCUCGCACAUUGUCAGCUUCGAGCGAAAUUCCCCAAGGGCAAUAAAGAGCUAGUUGUUUCAGGCUUCCAAGCCAUCGUCCUCCUUCUCUUCAACGACAUACCCGCGGACAAGGCGUUGACAUAUACAGAGAUCAAAGAUGCAUCUGGCUUAGUCGACGCAGAACUCAAACGCACUUUACAGUCUCUGGCAUGUGCGAAAUAUCAGGUUCUUAAGAAGCACCCCAAGGGACGUGACGUGAAUGCCACCGACACAUUUACGUUCUCCACUGGCUUCCAGGAUCCCAAGAUGCGCAUCAAGAUCAACCAAAUCCAGCUGAAGGAGACCAAGGAAGAAAAUAAAGAGACACAUCAACGUGUCGCAGCCGAUCGACACUACGAAACACAAGCGGCGAUUGUUCGAAUCAUGAAGAGUAAGAAGAAAAUUGGUCAUAAUGAAUUAAUCGUCGAAGUCAUCAAGGCGACUAUGAGUCGAGGUGUCUUGGAUCAGACGGAUAUCAAGAGGAAUAUUGAAAAGCUGAUUGAAAAGGACUACAUGGAACGUGAAGAAGGCAACACGUAUGCAUAUGUUGCUUAAAGUGUCUGGCGGUCACGCGAACGAAGCUUUCGGUUUGAGUAUGAAAGCAACGAACAAAGACAAGAUUUGUGUUCGAGGCAUGUACGAGCGAGAAUUCCCACGACUAGGAUAUACACAGCGCGAGCGAGCGCGGUAGACUGGGGAACUGGUCGUUUGAAGAGUGCUUGAUUAGAACCAGUCAAGACAAUGGAACAACGUGAAACAACUACGUAGAGACGACGAGACGUG